AUUUGAUAACGGCAGAAAUCUUCAAUAACUUCUUUUCAUCCUUCUUCAUUCCCAUUUCUCACAUCACACUUAGAGAUCCCACCCAAAACAUGGCGUCUCUCACACGAGGAAUCCUCCUGAAGCUCCUCCAAUGCAUGAACUCCAACACACGCCCCACCGGAGACCACAGAUCCGCAAUCCUUCAAGUGACUGGAAUAGUACCAGCCCUCGCCGGCUCCGAUCUAUGGCCAAACCAAGGCUUCUUCGUCCAGAUCUCCGACUCUUUAAACUCCACCUACGUCUCUCUCUCCGAACGCGACACGGAUCUUAUCCUCACCAACCGUCUUCAGCUCGGCCAGUUUAUCUACCUCGAACGCCUCGAAUUCUCCACCCCCGUCCCACGCGCCGCCGGAAUCCGCCCCGUCGCCGGCCGCCACGCCUUCGUCGGAACUCCCGAGCCGCUAAUCGCGCGCGUAUCUCCUGGAUCCAAACGAGAUUUCGUUAUCCAGCCGGUUUCCGCUUCUGAGUACUCGCUUGACCCCAUCGCCGUUUACUUAAACAAUAAACGGUUCGAUGAUGAUGAUGACGUGGCGGUGGCGCCGAAUGGGAGGCCAGCGCUUGCUCCGGUGAACCAAAACGAAGAGAAUCGUAGCCAAAUACGCAACCAGAAACCUAAGCAGACGCCGCAGAGAUUCUCGUCACCAGCAUCGGCUAAGCAACGUUCCGUCUCAUCAGGGAAGAAAAACAGUUCCGGUACGGUGGAGAGAAAUCCAUCCCCGGCGGUUUCGGGAAAAGCGAGGAGAUCUGCGUCUCCGGUUCCGUCAAAAUGCGUGGUGCCGAGUCUUGCGGCGGCGCGUGAGGAGAGCAGGAAGGUUGUUAGAGAGCAGCCAUCCAUUGUUGUGCCUUCAAGAUACAGACAGCCAUCACCUAACGGAAGGAAGGUGAAUCCAUCUCCUAGCGGAAGGAGACUGUCGAUUUCUCCAGGGAGAAGGCUUUCUAGUGGUGUGAAAAUGUCUCCCAUGGUUGGAGACUCUUCCGGGAAGAAGAAGAUGGCGGUGAUUCCCAAAGUCUCGGAGGCUCUUGUGGGAUCUUCAGCUAAACAUGGUAACCGGAAGAAUUGGGAUGAACCUGAUGGAAAUGCUCAAACGGCUGAUGGAAAUGCUCAAACUGAGCAGAAGGACAAGGGUAGUGCUAAGAAUAAGCCUCAUCUUCAAGCAAUUUUGCGUACUCAGGCUGCUAUUUCAAGACGUCUUAGUGAUGCAAACAGGCGGAAGAGCGAUUCCUCCGCGUGUGAAGAGAAAGUGAAGUCGUGUUCAUCAGAGAGUAGUUUAGUGGAAGAAGUUUCAGACAUCACUUAUCAUGAUCGGAAAUGGACAGAUGGUAGUGUACCAUUAGAUAGCAUCUCAGGAGAUCUUGCAAAACUUGCAAAGGAGGCUAUGCAAAGAAGAAACUUCGCUGCGAAAGCUGCAGCUCGAGCAUUGGAGGAAGCUAAUGCCAAUGAGUGCAUCAUAAGAUGUUUAAGUAAAUUCUCGGAGCUUUCUUCUGCCGCUAAAGUUGGGAAUCCGCUGCUGGUCAUCAGCCAGUUCCUGGUAAUCUACGAAGAUGUUGUGAAAUACAGUCAGAUCGUCAACUCAAUAACUUCAGAAGACAAACGAAACCCAAUAUCUCUUUGGGUUGAAGCUGCAUUGGCUACUAACCUCGACGUUGUCUCACUGGUGAAAAGCCAGAAUAACCUCGAAUCACGUUUGAAGAAAUCAACUACUACUCGCCUCUCUCCAGGAUGCUCUACAAAGACAGACAAUAUUGUUGGGAUGUGGACAGAAGUAGAAGGCAUGAAGGAGACGGCUAAGUUCGCAGUGAACGUAAAAUCCGAAAUGCAAAUGUGGUUCAUUGGGUUCGUGGAAGAGUCGUUAGACAAGAAAAACGCAGCAGUGCAGCCUUUAGACGGUAGUUCCGUAGCUGCUGUUCUGUCUCAUCUGAAACAAGUUAACGAGUGGUUGGACCGGGUCGUGUCGGACCAAGAUAACCAGAUCACAACAAUGCCUCUAACCGACAAGAUCGAGCGACUGAAACGCAAAAUCUAUGGAUUCGUAAUCCACCACGUGGGAUCCACUUAUGACAACUCGGCUUCCGCUUCUUGAUUUUUUUUUUCUAUCUUUUGCUCUUGUCUUCAACGUUUUAAUACAUUGGCUUUUUAAAGAUAAAUCUACAACUACGUUAUAAUA